AAUGGCAGAGAUUAUUAAAGAAGAGUUAAAUAUAGAAGAGUUUGAGAUAAAAGAAGAGAUAGUUUCCAUCAAGGUAGAAAUCCUUCCCUCCUCUACUGUAGAGGAAACAUGUACUGUUAAUCUGAACAAAGAUGAUAUAAAGAUGGAAAAUUCAGAAAUACAAGAUACGAUUGAGAAUCAACCUGUAUUUGAUCCUGAUUUACACACUGAGCUUAUCAUUAAAGAUGAAAUAGAGGAUUCAGGAGAAAACAUGGAUCAAGGAUUUGAGCCGGAACUAAAGAGAACUAAAAGAAGUAAAGUGGGAUUUCCUUGUAAUAAAUGUGAGCAUGUUGCAACCAGAGCUUAUUACCUGAAAAUUCAUGUUGAAAAUAUACAUGAAGGAGUGAGAUAUCCUUGUUCUCAAUGUGAGUAUAUUGCAACUACAGCACGGGCUCUGAAGAUGCAUGUUAAAAAUAAACAUGAAGGAGUGAGAGUUCCUUGUUCUCAAUGUGAGUAUAUUGCAACUCAAGCAAGUGCUCUGAAGAUUCAUGUGGAAAAUAAACAUGAAGGAAUGAGAUAUCCUUGUUCUCAAUGCGAGCAUAUUGCAACUACAGCAUGGUCUCUGAAAAAUCAUGUUAAAAAUAAACAUGAAGGAGUGAGAUAUCCUUGUUCUCAAUGUGAGUAUAUUGCAUCUCAAGCAAGUAAUCUGAAAGUUCAUGUUAAAUACAAACAUAAAGGAGUUCGAUAUCCCUGUAGUAAAUGUGAAUAUGCUGCAACUACAACACAGAAUCUAAAGAUACAUAAGAAUAAGCAUAAGUGUUAGUUAUCUUUAUUUUCAAAGUAUUUAUAAUGAAUAAAGAUUUCUUUAGUUUUGCAUAUUAAAUCAAGUAUGUUCUUUGAUAUCCUGAAUAUUUCGUGUUUCAAUUUAUUCUAAUACUUUACAAAUAUUUGGUCACCAAAAUCCUUCUUAUACAUUUAAAAUUUCGCUUGCAUGUAAGUUCUUUAUAAAUUCAAAAAUAUUGUUUUUUCUUAUUAUAGUUGAAAAUAGUCACUGGUCACUCAUGAAUAAAGAUGUUGUAGUUCAAUCUUUAUUUAAUAUUGUUGUU